AUGGCGCCUAGAUGGCCGCAGGUAGACAUUGGCCCUGAACACAUCAACGAGCACGCUACAUACCUUAAAGAAGCAUGCAACCAACUGCAGGCGGUGGACAGAGGAAGACAGAAUCAAGUACCAUGGAACACAGUACAGCAAUACCUGGCAUCGACCAUCGCGCUCAUUGGCAAGGUCCUUCGUCAACCGGCGAUGGGAGACAUCCUCCAGCAGGUCCAGGACGCAGCCAAGUGCACACAGAACAUGCAGAAGGACAUUACAAUCAUCAAGAACUCCGUAGGGCUAAGCACGACUCCGCUAAACACAGCUAACUUUACGGGAGGACGAAACGCAAAUGCUUCCUGGGCACAGGUAGCGGCGCAGGCCAAGGGCUCUGCUCCUCCUCCACCGAUGCCGCAAGGCAUGACUACGACUAAGACACAAUCCACGGUUACGGCAUAUAAAGACCGAGUAGUCACAGUAAAGCUCAAGGACCACGGCAUCUCUCAACGGUACCGAAUGCACCCGGCCGCCUGGAUCAGACAACAAGUAGAGGCUGCUAUUCACGGCAACUCAACAACUAAAGCAAUCAAAGUGGUAGCCGCACACCAACUCAAAAGUGGCGACAUUCAGAUAUUUACAAGCACAACGGCCGAAGCUACACAGUUGAAAGAGAGCAAGGGGUGGAUCAGAGGCCUCGGAGAACACGCAGAACUUAUCGUGCCAACCUUCGGAGUUAUUGCUCAUGGCAUCCCUACCAACUCCAUCAACAUCAAAGACCAGAAAGCGACUAUUCAACAAAUGCUUGCAGACAACUACACAGUGAUCCCCAACGCAAAGAUAUCCUACACAGGAUGGCUGACCAAGGAAGCCACUCUCAAACGAGCAUCCUCGAUCGUCGUUGAAUUUACAGAACCCGAAAUGGCCAACGCUGUCAUUUACGCUGGAAUGGCAUGGGAUGGCCAGAUACACCAAUGCCAACUCUACGACCGCGCCUGCAGGAUAAAACAAUGCUUCCGCUGCUACAAUUACGGCCACAUCAGCACUCAAUGUAACGCAUCCCAAGUUUGUGGCUAUUGUACAGGGCAACAUGAGACUAAACACUGCCAGAGGAAGGGGGUAGAGGGAUUCGCCCCUCGAUGCGCAGUGUGCAAAGAUGCUCAUACGGCAUGGAGCAACGCCUGCCCAGCAAGGAGGAAGGAAAUGCAGCGAGUCGAACAAGCCAAACAGAGCCGGAGUACCUAUUGGCAUGUCCCUUUGAAAGAAACCAGCGCCAAACCAGGACCUCAACAGCCCUGUACCACCAAUUCUACCAGGAAGGACCAAACUGAACCGACGUCUAUUCCUCCUCGAAUUGCCACCCAAAGGUCCGAGGACACUACUAACCACAGGGUACCAGCGAACAUCGCCCCGAUUAAUUACAUCACUGUCCUGGUCGAAGCUAUACAAGCACUCGACAAGCUCCGAAACCUAGGAUGGGUCGUACAAUUCCAAUGGAUUCCGGCACACGUUGGAGUGCCUGGCAACAGUUGA